AUGCUGUCCAUACCACUUGGUCCACCGUCAGACGACAACUCAGCGUCUCUGCGCGCCAACUAUCGUCCGCGCGCCGAAUCACCACCACCUCUCGGCACGCUUCCAGCCAUCCAGCAACCACCGCAAACCCACCGCCAACGCCAGCAACGCGACGAGGAGCGCAAGCAGCACAAUGCCCGCAGCCCACUAGCUCAGCUCUCUCAGUCAGAGAACAGCAUCGAGCACCACAAGUCUCAGAUUCGCAACUGGGGCUCAUCAUGGAUCAGACCUCCAGGCGUGACUAAGACGCUGCAGGCGAUGAACGAGGAAGCGCAGGAGCGGGAAGAGCAGGCGGAAUUGGAGAGACAGGAGGCGAACGUCCGCGACAUGCAAGCACAGCAGCAGUUGCAGGAUGCUCAGCAGCAAGCUCAAGACACGACGCAGCUUGAUGUAGAGCAGGAGCGUGACUUGGACGGAGAGAUACCUGAUGCGUCUGAGGACAUUACGUUCAACGAGGACAGCAUGGUGGAAGGCAGCCAACUCGAUGCAACGGAAGAGGAUCUGAUCGACGACGCCGAGCAGGAGGAGGCAGAGCUCACGGGAGCGGCGAGAGACGAGGAGGACUUGGGCAUGGACGUCGACCUGGACGCGGAGGUGGAGCGUAACUUGGACGACUCCAUCCCAGAAGCUGGAAGCUAUCAACACACGGAUACGGAGGUGGAGGAUAGCGACUCGGAGUCGGAGCUGCUUCAGGACUCGCCUGCCCGUGGACGAAGCGUCUCUCAGUUCGCGAACACGCCGGUCGACAUGACCAACAUGCACGAACCACCACAGGUGGCCGACUUUCAGCAGAGGAUGAGAGCUCAAGUCGGCGCUACGGAUUCGUUGCCGAGGAGUCCUGGCAGUCUCAACCUGUCGAGCUCGAUUCUCGACAGUUCGCUGGUGGGAAGCAGCCCGGUCGUGCAGCGUGGCAAUGCGAGAGGACGCGGUGGACGGUCUCGGCGUGGACGAUUGAGCUAG